CUUCUAUUGCAGGUGGAUUCGACGUUCACUUUGUUGAACAUCUCUGUGACCGACUGACAUGCCCCAUUUGUCAGUUGGCAGCACGAGAACCAAGGAUGACCGAUUGUGGUCACCAGUUUUGUCUCGAGUGCUUGAGACCACUGAUCGUAGACAACAACCUAACAUGCCCUGUUUGCAGGACGGAACUGAAAGAAUCGGAGAUCUAUCCAAACAACAUGGUGAAACGCGAGAUUCUGAGUCUGAAGAUUGUAUGCGCUAGGUGCAAGGAAGGUUGUGCAUGGAUUGGUGAACUGAGACAGCGAGAUGAACACAAUCAGGAAUGUGGGUACGUGGUUCAACCGUGUGACAAUAAUUGUGGAGAGAAUGUAAUGAGGAAGGACAUGGACAGUCACAAGAAGAAUGAGUGCCACCGUCGAACGGUGGGCUGUUGCUAUUGUGAUGGAGAACUAGAAUAUGAGCAGAUGUCUGGUCAUUAUAAAACAUGUGCCAAGUAUCCUGUUGCUUGUCCUCAUCAGUGUGGAGUGCAGAUUGCUAGGGAAUGCAUGGAAAUGCACGCUAGCAGAGAGGGUGAAUGUCCUAACAGUCCUCUACAGUGUGACUUUGCAUUUGCUGGGUGUCAAUUCAUUGGGACCAAAAAGAAAUUACAAAAUCAUUUAGAAAGGGACACUAAAACUCAUCUCAGUUUAGCUAUGAAAUCACUGCACACUGUGACAGAAAGAUUGGCAAAGUCAGAGCAAAAGCAACAAGAGACCGAAAUGGAACUUGCUAGAAUAAAAGAGGUUCAGCAGGAUUUCACAGAACAAUUGACAAAGUUAGAGAAACAGCAACAAGUCAAAGAAUUGGAACUUACAAGGAUGAAAGAAGCUUUGUCUGUUCAACUGCCAUGUAUUAUAGAUUGGAUGAAAAAUGGUUUGGAAACCUCAAUGCAGUCACCAAAGUUUGUAGAAGCCUUGUUGCAAGAAACGAAUGAGUUGUCAUUUGAAUUGUCAGAGGCAGUUGUCUAUCUGUGGAAGAUAAAGUGGUCAAACAACGUGAAACUUGUUCAUACUUUGUUUUCAGGUAGUCGUCCUCCUGAUCAAGUUAUAUGCUCUACCAAAUUUUGCACAGGAUUUCCCGGAUUGCAUCUACAAAUUCAUAUCUUUCCCUGCGAGUCAACAUUCACUUUUGCAAUAAUUUGCACUAAGGCUGACUGUGAUCUUGACUUAGAGAGUAUGACUUUUCUUGUAGUUACUACUCUGCUGCAUCAGCAGUCUGAUGGACAUCAGAAUAGGAAACAGGAAUUUUUGAUGAAAUUGCCAUCACGUAUACCACUAACCCGUAGUUUUCAAGGAGAGAGCAUACCUCUUGAACAAUUUGUAUCAGAUGAUGAGCUUUAUGUCACCUUUCAGUUCAAACGGUUGCCUUAAAGCCAAUAGUAGUACUGUACUAUUGAUGGGGUACAUCAACUAACUGUGUUUUUGGAAGUAGGCAGGGUUGGCAUUUUACGUACAGAACAAGUAGAUUACAUUUGGCGUAUUGACUAUCUUUGUUGUUUCUCUGCUAUUUUGUUUUAGU